GGGGCCGUGUUGUUGUUGCCGUGGUGCUGGAUGAGGAGCCCGUCUAAUCAGUCCCGUCACUCUGGGAUUAAAUACCGGAUAACACCAGUCUCACCGUCUCCGUGAAGGACCCCGCUGCUUCCUUGUCUUUCAUUUGGUUCUUUUUUUUUCCUGUCCCGGCUCAACAUGGGGAACUGUUUGACUGUGGGGCCGAACGAGGCGUUGGUGGUCUCCGGCGGCUGCUGUGGCUCUGACAUGAAAACCUACAUCGUGGGAGGCUGGGCCUGGUCCUGGUGGCUCAUCACGGACGCCCAAAGGUUGAGCCUCGAGAUUAUGACUCUGCAGCCGCGGUGUGAGGAUGUGGAGACGGCGGAGGGCGUAGCCAUCACUGUGACGGGCGUGGCUCAGGUGAAAGUGAUGACGGAGAACGACCUCCUGGCUAUAGCCUGCGAGCAGUUUCUGGGGAAAUCCAUCAUGGAAAUCAAAUACGUGCUCCUGCAGACUUUGGAGGGACAUCUGCGCUCGAUUCUAGGUACGUUGACUGUGGAGCAGAUCUACCGGGACCGGGACCAGUUUGCUAAACUUGUGAGGGACGUGGCUGCUCCGGACGUGGGCAGGAUGGGCAUCGAGGUCCUGAGCUUCACCAUUAAGGACGUGUACGAUAAACUGGAUUACCUGAGCUCCCUGGGGAAAACCCAGAUUGCCGCCGUCCAGAGGGACGCAGACAUCGGUGUGGCCGAGGCCGAGAGGGAUGCUGGGAUACGGGAAGCAGAGUGCAAGAAGGAGAUGAUGGACGUCAAGUUCCUGGCCGACACCAAGAUGGCCGACUCCAAACGAGAGCUGGAGCUGCAGAAAGCUUCGUUCAACCAGGAGAUCAACACUAAGAAAGCGGAGGCUCAGCUGGCGUACGAGCUGCAGGCGGCCAAGGAGCAGCAGAAGAUCCGGCUGGAGGAGAUCGAGAUCCAAGUGGUGCAGAGGAAGAAAGAGAUCACCAUCGAGGAGAAGGAGAUUGACCGGACGGACAAAGAGCUCAUCGCCACAGUGAAGAGGCCGGCGGAGGCCGAGGCCUACCAGAUCCAGCAGCUCGCUGAGGGGCACAAGACGAAGGCGGUGCUCAUAGCUCAGGCUGAAGCAGAGAAGAUUAAGAAGAUCGGGGAGGCUGAAGCUUCCUCCAUCGAAGCCGUGGGGAAGGCGGAGGCCGAGAAGAUGAGGCUGAAGGCCGAAGCUUAUCAACAGUACGGAGACGCAGCCAAGACGGCGCUGGUCCUCGAGUCCCUGCCCAAGAUCGCUUCCAAGGUGGCGGCGCCUUUAGCCAGGACCAACGAGAUCGUGAUCCUGAGCGGGGAGGGCGGCCGCGUGACGGGCGAAGUGAACCGUCUCCUGGCCGAACUUCCUGUGUCUGUCAACGCUCUGACCGGAGUGGACUUGACGAAGAUCCCGUUGCUGCAGAACAUGACCUGCUCUUAAACCAGAAAAACCCCAAGAUCCCACGUGACUCAGCCUCUGUCGUAUGCACUCUCAUAGACUGCCUUUAAUACACUUGAAGAUAUUCGGUUGUUUUAUACGUCUACUCUGUAAAACCAAGAAAAAUAUGAAAAACCUCUGGUGCCUUACUUUAUACAGGACCAGAUCUGCAUGCACUGCUGCUCAUUCAUUUUUAUUCAUGUGUUUUUUUUUUUUUAGUUUCAACAUGAGAGUAUCUGUUUUGUGUUCUAAUUUAUUUGUCCGUGUUAUUUAAAUUGUAUUUAUUGGCCCCGUUUGUAUCAAGCAGACUCCUCUUUAUUUAUUUGUUUAUACACUGGGCCCUGCUUUUUCAUACAACGAGCCCCCGCGGUCGCUAUUUGCAUUUUCUUCAUUUAUAUACCUCGUUCCUGUGAGACACAUCUGCAUCUCCAGAUAAUCUGAAUCUUUUUUUUGUGUUGUACAUGCAUUAUUAUUAUUAUUAUGAUUUUUAUUUUUCAUGUAACAAAGGUGCUCAAGAUCUUAACAGAAGCUCCUUUCAUUAAAUCUGUGUCUCUCCACCGACUGGUGAUAUCAUGCAUGAGAACGUUUAUUUUUAUUUAUUUAUUUAUUUAUUUAUAUAAAGACAGGAAAACGGGUAGAAACUUCUGACCGUGUGCUGACGUGAUUAACUCGUAACGUGGUUCUCGAUGCGUAGUGUGAGGUUUUAAAUGUAUAAAAUGUCGCUUUGGCCUCGAUGGUGAGUAAAGACAUGGUUUGUUGUUAAAAUUAGAGAAAAAAAUCACAGAGGAAAUGUGAAAAUAAUCGGCUUAGAGUUGUACGGAGUAAGGUCCAAAACGGCGACGCCAAAUAGAAUAGUCUUAGGUUUCAGUGGAUCAGGAGGUUUUAACAGGGACCUCGAUGCUUCAUGUCAUGCUACUAUUAUCUGUAGAAGCUAAGCCAUGUUCAAGACAGUGUCAACAAACCAAACUUUUAGGAGAAACUCUUUCUGUUUGUUUGUUUCUGCACUGACUCGGUUUUAAAUCAGAUGUACAGUGAAGUUUUAGUUUGAUCUAUUUCAACUGUGAUACUAACGUGGUUUGUAACUGACACGGUUCUUUGGUUUUAAUCCACCACUGCUGCAUUUUUAUUUCAUAUAUAUAUAUAAAAACACCAGGGGACAGGUUCAGAUUAUUAUUAUUAUUAUUAUAUAACAGGUCAUCCACAUGUUUCCUUUUAAUACUGUACAGAGCUUCACUCACCUCCAAUAAAGAACCUGAACGGGCCGAACGGUGAAGUUCAGUCUGAGCGUCGUCUCUGCAGCAGAUGAAACGUAGUAGGUUUGUGUCACGGCUGAGGAAACAGGCAGGAUUUAGAAAAGACUGUUAUUGUUGCUCUUGGUGUUUUCUGUGUGUUAGUCACUCAUCCUGGUUUUUCUCUGUGCACACGUGUGUUUAAUGGCCAUGAGUUCCUGUAUGCUCUUGCUGCAUGUCAUCCACCUGUACGCUCACUCUUAACUAAAUGUCAUUCUAAUAAAUCAAAACUGUUCUAAUUAA